AUGGAUUGUGAUAGCUCCUGUAGUCAACACGGCGAUGCUUUGCCCAAGGCUCUCAUCCGAUCUGACAUCUGGUUUACGGAUGGUAAUAUCGUCCUUAUCGCCGACUCUGCAGCGUUCAAGGUCCACCACGGUCAACUCGAAAGGCACUCGGAGGUCUUUCGUGACUUAUUUUCCGUUCCACAGCCCGUCAACCAGAGCCUUGUCGACGGUUGUCCUUCGGUCGAGCUGUACGACCGUCCGACCGAUUUAUACCACCUGCUCAUUGCUUUGUAUGAUGGAAUCUACUUCCAGAAACACACUGCAGCAGAUUUUGUUGCUAUCUCUGCCGUACUUCGUCUCUCCACGAAAUACUUCAUCGAGCACCUACGCGAACGCUGCAUCGCCCGUCUUGCAAUAGACUGGCCCACAUCACUCUCUGAUUGGGAUCGCAGGGAGAACGACGGGACAGAUAGUGCGGGCCGCUACAACCCCCGCGAGAUUUUCCCCCACCCUAUCCUAAUGCUUAAUCUCGCUUACGAGCUCAACCUUGACACUUUCCUCCCCAGUGCGCUCUAUGACCUCUCGCGUUACGGCCCCAGCAAGAUUCUCAACGGCACCCGUGGUCCACCCCCGAUCUUCUUCACUGAGGGCGAGCCCGAAGGUCAGCUCGCCCGCCUCUCAGACGAUCACCUGUGCACUACGUUCCUGGGUCGCGAGGCUGCGCAGUUGUACAUACAUACCUUCCUCGAAUCUGCACUUCGCGACCGUCCGUCUACCAACUGCGCAAAUGUUGGCAAGUUGAGUGCCGUGCACUGCGUCGAGUCUUUCUACUUCAUACACCUCAACGUUCUGCGUUCUGUUGGUGGGAUUGCAUGCGGACGUGACGCAGAUCCGCUGUACACACUUCUACAAGCCGCGGAAAUGUUGGAAAGGACCGAUUUUUCAGAUGGCGUAAAGACGUGUGGGUUGAGAAUGUGCUCGGUAUGUAAGACUGAAUUUAUGGAUGUCAUUAAAAAGGCAAGGCUGGAGGUAUGGGAGUUGAUUCCGGAGUGGUUUGGACUCAGGGAGCCAAGAUCUGUGGAGGAUGUCAACUAG